AUGGGCACACCGACCCGUGAACAACUCCAGCAGUGCAUGCUGCCCUCAGGUAUCAGCCAUCAAGGUUCUGAAUGGCAUCCACGAAAACAAAUCGAUCAGCGCUUCGCGGGUGAAUCACCCUUUGUCCAGCGUAAACAAAACAACAAACUGUUUGUAUCGUCUUGGACUCGUCUGCUAGGCAUAGCAUUCACCUCGUUGGCAGCAGCGUAUUUUUUGCUGCUUUGUUUUCGCUUAAUAGAGUCUGCGCGUCAGUGGGCACCGCCCGCGAGAUCUCUCUCAGAUCGCCAAGAUGAGUCGUGCGAUUCAGGCAGUGUGUCUGGGGAUGACGAUGAGGACGGCAGUCGGCUGACGGGGGGAUCGGCAGAAGGUUUAGAGCUGGAGAGUUUUGGGGAAGGCAGCCUUUUGCUGCAGCAUGAGGCUUUUGGAUUCAAAGGCGCUGCCGAAGGAACACAAGGAGAAGUAGUCGCUGCUGGAUUACAAAGCCCUGCCGCAGGUGAAGAAGCAGAAGCAGACUACGUGGCAGCGUUUUAUGAGGCGGUUAGGGAAUACGUUGGUGGCGUUGCCUCUGAUUCAGAAAAACCACUCUUUGCACAUGACUUGCACUUAUGGGAAAGCCGGAACAUGCCUGUGGAAGAAGAGCUGCGCUUAGUGCGUCUCUUUAAGCGCAUGCACGAAGCUGUGAGUUCAUGCCGAUCGUUGCUGCCAGUGUUGACGCGCAGACACCGUUUGCAGCUGACAAACCAAGUGCUGAAGCUGCUUGCCCUGGAUUUGGGAGCCAUUUAUCUAGUUAGGGAGGAUAAGGAGCGUCGUAGAAAGGCUCUAGGCGACUCUCUCAUUAAGUUGGCAAAAUACGCACUUCACCACGGGCCAGAUGGCUCAGGCAGUAAGAGGCUCCGCGGCAAGCUCUUAACUCUGACAUCUUUGAUAACAGAGCUAAAGCAGCCACGGCAUCUAUAUAAGGAAAAGCCCCCUGAAAAAUACAAGAGGAAGAUGAUAGCAAUACUGGCAACUGCCGAAGUGGCACUGAAGAACUGUCUGGGCGUUUUGAAUGGGCUGCUGCAGCUUAGGCAAGAUACAUCGGCAGGCCAGCUCCCACCACGAACAGUAGAGCAGCAGAUAGAGGUUAUAAAAUCGAUUUUCAGAGUCCACGCUGAUCAUGUGGCUAGAGACGGUAGCCUUCGUCAAUACAUAUUGGAGUGUCAAAAGCGUACACGCGUGUAUGCGCUCCUAACUACCGAUCAUUUCAAAGUGUCGUCAGACGUAAUCCUUCCAGUGAAAGAGCAAAAAUUCAGGAUACUCGAGGCUGUAAGAGCGGCUGGCGGUCUUCUGCAAGCUCAACAGCAAGCAAGGGUUGCAUUCGACAGUGCUAGCGUCGCAUUGGAGGAGAGUCGAAAUCUAUGUGGUAAACACGAGGGGCUGAGGGAACAACGGAGCCUCAAACCGCCGCAAAAAAGUUUUGUGGAAACGCUGCAGCCUUCAUUUUAUGCAACAACUGCUGCGGCGCAAACAGGAGCGGAGUCAACCCGUCCGCCCCUAGCUGGAGUUCCACUGUGGCGACCUGACCGGCCGCCUCGACAAGGUGCUGGGCCGGUUCGGCAGCAACCGCACAAACUUGGUUCCUCCUGGAAUCCUCAGGAUAAAUUCCCGCAGCUUGUCUCUCGGCCCGUGUCUCUCCCAGAGUCUCGUCUGUCGAAAUUUCGGCCGCACGCACCUACAACUGGAGUUCUAGGUACCAAUCCAUAUUUGCCUCCACCACAGAUGCCCUUUGCACGACCGCCUCAACCGUCAGGUGUGCAGCAGACUGCGCGUCCACCUCAUAGCGUCUCAUCACGGCAGGCAUAUGCUGGUUGCAGCGCUGCAGCUUCUUUGGUGUCCCCUCCUCCGCUGCUGCGUGUGGGUGUGGGUGAGCCGUCUCAGCAGCUGCAGCCGCCAGCACCUUUUCAAGGUGGAGGUUACAGUCUUUUUGGAGGUGGCGGCACACCCCCCUGGUUGCCUUUUUCACAGGCUUCACCUGCCUCUAUAGAGAGACGCUCCACUGCCAGAGGCGGAAGGCCACAAGAGGGAGAGGGCGCCCAACGUCCUAUGACGGAUAGUCACGACGCAGCAAGAUAUAACUUUCCGAGUGGUCGUACGUGGAGCGGCCGUCAAUGA